CUUACACUCCUCGAUUCCUUCUUAUCUUCACCUAUUUAUAUACAAUUAAAUUUUCUUCGUCCAUUUCUAAGAUUUGCAAAAGGCAACGGUGAGAUAUAUAAUACUGCUUGCUGUCAGCUUAACUAAAAAAAGGAAAGCAACUUUAGAAAUUUAGAAGCUGGAAUGGCUGCCGUCGCCGGCGAGUGGCAGAUACCGAUGGAGGCGAGGAAGGAGGUCCAGAAAUUGGCGACAGCGUGGGAUGACGUGGAGGAUUCAAGGGCGCUUGAGGUGGUUCCGCUCAAGGGCGCGAUGACCAACGAGGUGUUCCAGAUUCGAUGGCCGGUCGCCGGCGAAGAAAAGUCGAGAAAUGUUCUGUUGCGAAUGUAUGGUGAGGGAGUCGGCCAUUUCUUCGACCGAGCCAACGAGAUCAAGACCUUCGAGUUCAUGUCUCGGCACGGCCAUGGCCCUCGCCUCCUUGCUUGCUUCCCUAAUGGACGAGUCGAGGAAUUCAUUCACGCCAAGACGCUCUCAGCUGCUGACUUGCGAGACGUUGAAAUAUCUGCCUUAAUUGCAUCAAAACUGAGAGAGUUUCAUGAUCUGAACAUGACAGGUCCGAACACUGUACACAUAUGGGACAGAUUAAGAAACUGGUUGAACGCUGCCAGAAGACUCUGCUCCUAUGAAGAAAUCAAAGCAAUAAAUCUGGAUAUGAUUGAGAAGGAAAUAAGCAGCUUGGAAAAUGACUUAUCUGGAAAGGAAGAAAGGAUAGGAUUUUGCCAUAAUGAUUUACAGUAUGGGAAUAUAAUGAUUGAAGAGGAAACCAAAAUGCUAACGAUAAUUGAUUAUGAGUAUGCAAGUUUCAACCCCAUCGCAUAUGAUAUUGCCAAUCACUUUUGUGAGAUGGCUGCGGAUUAUCAUACAGAAACACCACAUAUCUUGAACUACAAUAAAUAUCCUGAUCAUGAGGAGCAAAAAAGAUUUGUGCAGAUUUAUCUAAGUUUUUCAGGUAACAAACCAUACCCUCUUGAAGUUGAGAAUCUCCUCGCAAGCAUUGAGAAGUACACUCUCGUUAGUCACUUGAUUUGGGGAUUAUGGGGAUUAAUUUCGGAUCAUGUAAAUGAUACUGACUUCGAUUACUUGGAGUAUGCAAAUCAAAGAUUUCAUCAGUAUUGGUCUCAAAAGGUUAAAGAACUUUGAACUGGCGAGCAGAGAAUUAAAAUCCGGAGAAAUUUUAGCUCAGGAUAUCCAUUUUGAAAUCUAGCUAAAGAUGACAAUUUUUUCUGAUUUUACUAAUGUUUUGUCAGAUACUUUUAUUUUGCAUGUACUGUAAUAAUAAACAAAUUUAUAAAUAAAUAUUUUGUAUAUGAUUAAA